GUAUCCAUUUAUCAUUGUCAAGGGUACACAUAUAUGACUAACCUUAGUAUAGCAAGGGCGCUCCAGCCGCACGACCAGUGAUUGUUAAUACUUAUGGAAUUAUCACGCAAAGACCUACAUCCAGCCUUUUUUUCGCUGCAUAUACUUGUCAUACCUAGUCAUUAAGUGCAUAUCUUUGCCGCUGCCGACGGCAACCUACUGUCUAAGUGUCUGCUAAGUGGUAUAAUGGCUGCCAGGUCGUGAAUCCUUCGGGCUACUCAUAACCUGAGGGGCUGACGGCCUUAGUCCUGAUACACUACUCCACGUGGUUGUGACAGGGCGCCUAGGUAGGUACCAUCUUACGGUCUGGGUAUAGGUAUAUGAGGUAGGGACGCUGCUCUUCUGGGAGGUGCCAGUAGUUGAUUUAAAAAGGCCGGGGAGAAUCGCCUGAAUAUUAGUCGCACGUGUAUAUGUGUUAUUACACACCUUCAUAUCAGAGUUCCUCUCGUUGAUGCUUGUGAGACUACAAUACGUUCACUUUCGCAAUGAAGCUGCUUACAGCCGGUCUGGCUUGUCUGUCCGGUCUUCUCUGCGUGGUACAGGCCUCGCCGACGCACCAAUUUGACCACUUCUUCCCAGGAUGGAAUAAUCUCGUCCAGAACAUCCUGCGGGAGAACUGCUCCGAGCCUUACGCCGAAUACUUGGCGGAUAAUCUCAAUCUCACGCUUGGAUUCCAGUCCCUCGUUAACCCGGUGAUCGAUUGUAUCUUGGAAGAAUUCCCAGAGUUUCGCAAAGCAGAAUUGGCUACUGGCGCCCUUGUCCUAGGCUUGAUUCCUACUAUAUUGCAAUCUAUUGGUAGCUCGACGGUGGAAACGGCCCUCGUCGGGCUGCGACGCCCAGUGUUAGGUUUCCUCAUUUCUGCCGGUAGCCCAGCAGUAUCGAUGAUGAAGACGAAUGACUUCGCGCGCGCAGUGACGGAAUUUGUUGAAGGCGGCGAGCCGACAGAGCUCGGCAUCGAGAGCCUGCGCUGGAGCGCGGGACGCGCGACAUGGGCAGUUCUCAUCGCAAUACUCGAAUAUGUUAUUGUGGGAGGUGCCGUGGCGAAUGUCUUGCACCUCGCCUGGGAGCUGGGCUACCACGCCGUCGCCAUUUUCGCGCCUAAUACCAUCUUCGGCGUGCCGUUGUGGACGCUGGGCGCUGCGCUCAUCCACGUCGCUGGUUGUGCGGCCUUGUGGGUGCGCAUCCGGAUCCGGACUGUCGAUGCCAGGAGUGGACCGGGAUAUACUGUGAGCACGAAACCCCUGAAUACAUGGGUACCGGCACAGUUUCUCCCGGCCGUGUUCCAGCCCCCUAUCGUGUUCGAGUUGCGACGAGAUAGAAGCAGUUCUUUCUGGUUCUACUCAUUGACUUGGGCCAUCAGCAUCGGCAUCUUGGCUCAAGUUGCUUUUGGCACCCUUGUUCUAUCAGGGUUGCUAUUCUUCAGCUUGGCUGACUGUUUGAUCAUCGUCGGGCGAUACACAGUCAGUGCUGUCGCCUGUCGAGCGGUGGUAAGGCUAGAGUUAGCAGGGAUGACGGCGGCGCUGGCCAAGCCUACGAGUAAUGAAGCAGCGGUGCCGCUUACAGACUGGAAAGUACAGCCGCAGGAUAUUUCAGAUUGAAAUAUUAUUCUUGUUUGUUAUUAAUCAUAGAUGAAACUGUUUGAAAUUGGAUGCAAUAGGUGAUAGCGAAAAGUGCCUGUAUUAAGUUAAAUCUGAUCCAUGAGAUAGAUCAACAAGGGCUGAGCUGAGAUACAUAAUGCCUCAGCGUUCAAGCAAUAUCAUACUUUCAAUAUCAGGCGAGACUGUGAUCCGGCUAACAGAAUGUUCGUUCUGGAUUAGGUAUUUAUCUGUCUUAUAUCUGCUAAGCCGGUCAUUGUUUAACUUGAGU